AGCCGCACUUGGAAAGUGCGGCUGAUUCAUGAGACUAACUUUCUUGCUUGAAGGAGUGCACUCUGACUCGACUACAACCUUACCCUUUUGGAUACUUCAAUACUAUCUAUGGACAUAAAAGAUCUCCUAAUCUCUCCAUUUAAGGAUAAAAAGUCCCUGCACGUAUUUGUGCUCCUCCUGCUAGUACUCCCCCUCACCUGCUUGCUCUUCUACUGGUGCCACACCACAAACAGUCUCGCUCUGUCUUCUUUUGCCUACCUCACUCUCUUCAAUGUUGGGAGUUUACUGACCUGUAUGGUCUCCGUGUGGGUCACCAAGCAAAAGCCCACCCCCAAAUUCUCCUAUGGGUUUGCUAGAGUGGAUGUCCUAGCAGUAUUCUCAAUCUCCAUCCUCCUCAUCCUGUUCAGCACCAACCUCAUUAAGCACAGCAUGGAGAGAAUAUUUGAUCCACCUCCAGUUGGAACGGAAAAGAUGCUGCUGGGCAUGUUUGUGGGUGUGUUCAUACACUUUCUGGUGACAUUCGGUGUGUCCAAUCUGCCCCUGAGGCACACAACAGAAGCGGCCCCGUCCAACUGGUUCCAGAGGGCUCUCCACGACCUGUGUCACAGUGAGCUCUCCCCCCGUCAGCUGCGCUACUCUAAACCAAACCCCCUCAACCUCCUGGCAUUGGGCGGAGCUGCCACCGUCCUCCUCACUCAGCUCCUCAUUGACCUCGAUGAGCUGUACCUAGCUGAUGUAGCCGGCUCCCUGUUCAUAUGCACUCUUAUCUGUGGGACCAUGCUGCCUCUCGCCAUCUACAGUGCCAAGAUACUGCUGCAGACUGCUCCUGAGCACAUUCUGCCACUGCUGGACAAGUCCCUUAGAGAAGCAUCAACACUGGAUGGUGUCUUGGAAAUUAAGAACGAGCACUUCUGGACCGUUGCCUAUGGCAGUUAUGCUGGCUCCCUUCAUGUUCGUGUGAGAAGAGAUGCCAAUGAACAGGAGGUGCUGACACAGUUGACGUCUCGUCUGGCGAGUCAAUUGAACGAUCUGACCAUCCAAGUGGUGAAGGAAGACCUCACCCUACCCUCCAUGCCUCUCAGCAGGGGGUCCACUUCCAGUCCCAAUUACACCAGCAGGACACUACCCCCCACAGACGGUAAACCCCCUACAGCGUCUCAUGUAGGACAGGGUAAAUCCCCUACACCACUUACAACAUUUCAUGCUGGACAAACUGUUCAUAAACAUUCCUCUCCGUCAACAUUGGAAAUUAUUAAUUAGCUUUUAAUUGUUUUGUUCAACAUUAUACUGUUUCUUACAUUGCAAUAUCAAUUUUGAAUGGUUA